UAUACGUCCUUGCGGAAACCAGAGAGAAGAGAGAGCUUUAAAUAAAGUGAUCCUUGUGUAGUCAUUAACAAAACUUGCAUAUCAGUGUGUCGAUUAUAGCGCGAACAUUUUUGUUUUACGAAAACUUUAUUUCCACGGAUCAUAUAGAUCAAACAGAUAUAUCAACGGAAAAAACGUCUAUAAAACAUGAAUGAGGAGGCGAAUGCUGCUAAUGAAAAUGACGCCGAAUCCACAAGUUCUAAUGACGCUAAUGAUUCAGAAACAGCUGCAGAAAAUAUUGUCAGUAUUGGUGAUAGGACAGACCCUAUUGAUAAUUUGACUCCUAAUUAUGCCGGUCAACUGUCAUCUACAUCACGAAUUCAUGAAUUUGACUUAAAUUUGCCUGCAUCGCAUUCCUAUUUGGGAACAAAUCUGGAAGAAUUGAGAGGGCGAAUAUUUUUAGACGAAGGAAUAUACAUAAAUCUACCCUUGGUUGUAAAGCCAUCAAUUGUUCUGUUUCCUGGUCAAACUCUGCCCAUGGCGGUAUAUCAAACUUAUGUCAUUAACAUGCUAAAUGAUUGUUUACAGUACAAUCGUACAUUCGGUGUUGUUUGCGCACAAGACGAUAAGACAGUAAGCAUUGGUACAACUGCAGACAUUUAUGAAUAUUUGUCCGGAACUUCAAGGGAAGGUUUUCGCUUGAAAGCUAAAGGACGACAAAGGUUUCGAAUUCUCAAAUUAAUGGAGGGAUACAACAAAAUAUCAGCCAAUGUAAAAAUUUUACCAGAAAUCAAUUUGCCACAUCCAUUUUCAGAUCAAAGACUAGCUUGCUUAGAUUGUUACAGAGUGAAGCCAACAAAUGAACAAGAACUGGUAAAACAAAAUAAAUUGGAAAUGUUGGAAUCAGUGGUAACUCAAUGGCCUUCAUGGGUUUAUAGACAAUACGAUCCUAAUAGAUUGUCACGUAAAAUUCGAGAACAAUUACAGUUUAUUGAAACAAAAGUUCGUUGUAUACCAACUGAUCCUGUAGAUUUAUCUUACUGGGUUGCUCAAAACCUACCACUAAGUGACAGUGAUAGACUAAUGUUAUUGAAAUACGACUGUGCUAUAUCAAGAUUGCAGUGGGAAUUGAAUUAUUUGAUUGAAGAUCGGAUUCUUGUGUGUAUCAGAUGCGACAGACAAAUUGGAAAGCAGUCUAAUAUAUUCCCAAUGAGUAAAGAGGGUCCACAAAAUACGUUUUGUAAUUCAGCUGGAUUUCUUCAUGAUACAGUUACUCUGCGUCAAGCUGAAAAUUUAGAACUGAAUAGUAACCUCGCUUCAACUCAUUACAGCUGGUUCCCUGGUUAUGCAUGGACCAUAGCUUCAUGCGAAGGCUGCAAAAUACACAUGGGCUGGUUGUUCACAAGAGCCCAAGAUAAACAUUUGAGACCUUCAUCUUUCUGGGGUUUGACAAGAAGCAAUUUAAGAUCCAAGAAAUUAUCAGAGGAAAACAAGCAAUUAAGCAUUUCAGGUCACGAAAAUAAUCAAACAGAUUUGGAUGAUGAAGAGAACGAAGAUAGUAAUGAUGAAGAUAAUUUUUCAAUCAACUGAAAAAAGUGUAUUGCUAAUUAUUAUUUACUUUUCACGUUAAAAAUGUAUAGGAUUUAUUAUAUUCAUAAUUUAUCGAACAAGUUAUUAGGAAAUUGUUAAUUUUAGGAAAGUAAAUAUUUUAUGAAUCGUCAUUAGUCAUCAUUUUUUUUUAAUAAUAAUUUUCAUCACUAGCUUUGCUAAAUUUUCAAGUUCUUAAAAGCAAUAAGACGUUUUACUAUAAGUAGUUUA